AUGCAUGCUGUAAAAAUGAAUCUCCAUCCAUCUCACUCACAACAUUCCUCCAACACUUCACAAUCGCCGGUAUUCCUCCCCGAUGAGCUUGUAACUGAAGUACUUUCCUCCCUUCCUGUUAAAUCUUUUAUGCGAAUGAGAUGCUUGAGUAAGUUCUCUAAUUCUCUCUUUACCGAUCCUAUUUUCAUCAGAAUGCAUCUUCUUCGAAGUGCACGAAACCCCCACCUUGCACUUGUCACUAGCAAGACCAAAACUAUCGUACCCUUACCAAUAUGCCAUUUAUUCGAAAAUCCUCCGAUCACCCUUAGUGACGAGCCUCAUUACCUUAUCAACGAUGUUUGUUUAUAUCAAUCCAACAGCCGCGUCAUCCAUCGUGUUGUUGGUUCCUGUAAUGGAUUGAUCUGCUUUCUCACUUAUUCAAUUUUGCAUCAAGAUAUAACGUUUCGUUUAUGGAACCCAUCCACUAGAACAAUAUCUAAAACAUUAGGCCAUUUAGAUUUUUCAAUUGACAGGGUUAGUCAAGCUAGAUCUUUAAAGUUCGUAUUUGGUUAUGAUAAUUUAACCUCUACUUACAAGGUUGUGUUCCUAAAUUUUCAACUUCGCAAUACGAUAACCGAGGCAAAAGUUUUAAGUUCCGUUGAUAAUGUCUGGAGAAAUAUUCAAAAUUUUCCUGCGGCUCCACUUCAGUUCAAAUUUCGCUUCCACCCUGUUUAUAGCUUCCACCAUGACAAUGAUGGUGUUUAUUUGAGUGGCACUGCUAAUUGGUUGGGUGCUUUUGACUACGAGGUUAAAUCUCUUGAGAAUUAUGUUAUUAUUUCUCUUGAUCUGGGAACCGAGACAUACACGCAGAUGCAUCUGCCUCAUGGUUUUGUUGAAAUGCCUCGAGUAGACCCAACUAUUGGUGUGUUGAAGAAUCGUCUUUGUUUUUCUUAUGAUUUUAGACUAACUCAUUUUGUUAUAUGGCAAAUGAUGGAAUUUGGAGUUCAAGAAUCUUGGACACAGUUUCUUCAAAUUAGUUAUUUGGAUCUUCGAAUUAGUGUUUUGGAUUUUAUUCGACACAAUUUUGGAGAUAAGGAAAUUUUUAUGGUGCCAAUAUAUCUGUCAGAGAAUGAUGAUACGUUGAUAUUGGCUAGCAGGUUAGAAGAGCAGGCAAUUAUGUAUAAUAUGAGAGAUAACAGUGUCGAAAGAACUAGAAUUACGAAUAAAAUAAGAUGGUUCUUUGUCAAGGAAUAUGUGGAAAGCUUGGUUUCAACCUCUGAAUAG